GUGACGUCAGGCUGAGGCUCUGGCUGUUUAUUGUUCCUUCAGCGCCGACUGGGAAAACAGUCAAAGCAGCUGACAACCAUCUUUUUCACGCGGUCUCCGGUCGGUUGUACAAAGUUGUGAUAGUUUAGACAGCAGACUCCACACACCGAGGGCCAUGGCAUACGCUUACCUCUUCAAAUACAUCAUCAUCGGAGACACAGGUGUGGGGAAAUCGUGUCUAUUACUACAGUUCACAGACAAGAGGUUUCAGCCUGUUCAUGACCUCACCAUCGGUGUGGAGUUUGGAGCCAGGAUGAUCACUAUAGACAGCAAACAGAUCAAACUGCAGAUCUGGGACACGGCUGGCCAGGAGUCAUUCCGCUCCAUCACCAGGUCUUACUACAGAGGAGCAGCGGGGGCACUGCUAGUUUAUGACAUCACAAGGAGGGACACCUUUAACCACUUGACCACCUGGUUAGAGGAUGCUCGCCAACAUUCCAACUCCAACAUGGUCAUUAUGCUCAUUGGCAACAAGAGUGACCUGGAGUCUCGGAGAGAGGUAAAGAAAGAGGAAGGGGAAGCGUUUGCCAGAGAACACGGCCUGAUAUUCAUGGAGACCUCAGCCAAGACUGCCUCCAAUGUAGAAGAGGCUUUCAUCAACACAGCCAAGGAGAUUUAUGAGAAGAUCCAGGAGGGGGUUUUUGAUAUCAACAAUGAGGCUAACGGUAUUAAGAUCGGACCCCAGCACCCAACCACCAACUCAACACUGCCCGGCAGCCAGGGGGGCCAGCACGCCGGUGGCGGCUGCUGCUGAAGCUCCUGGAAAACACACGACCUCUCCUCCUCCUCCUCCUCCUUUAACCCCUCGCCCCACCCCACCCCCCCCAGCCCGCUCUGUUGGCAGAACUGUCCAGGCUCAGUUCCAGUUUAGUUGUCUCUACAUGCUGUCUGUCAGCCAUCACAUCCUCUGUGUCUUUCUUCAUCUUUACUCACUCGGCCAUCGCUGAGGCUCCCCCCAGGUCAGCCUGACCCCCCACCCACAGAAGUUGUUGGUUUUUAACAGUUUUACUUUUAAGAAUGACACUUGUCUGGAUAACAGAUGGUGAUAGCGGGGAGGGAUUGUCCAUCCGUAGUCAAUAAAGCCAAGCACGGAAUGAAGCAUGUGUUGCCUGUACACACACGUACACGCAUACAUACAGUACGUAUAUCUCCAGGUUUGGAAGGAAGACCAUGCAGCACAUGGGUAGCAAGGCAUGCUUGGACAUGUGUGUGUAUAUGGGGAUGAUCUAGGCAUUCCGAUGAAGUCAGCCUUUCAAAUGACUAGCCUCUCUGGGUUGCUUUGCACCUUCCUCCUCCUCUUUGUCGUCCGCUCCCCUUGCAGUGGAAAGGUAUUUCAUGAACACUAAAGGUUUUCAAUGGUCCUAAAAGAUGGAUGCUCGUGGAGCGAUAGGAAAGAGGUAAAGUGUGAAAGUGAAAAAGGGCGAGAAAUGACGCGCUAUUCCGUGUACUGUAUAUAUGGCUCCGAUGAUAGAUGUCGCUAGCUUCUUUGAGGGUAAAAGAGUGACACUUGGCAUGCUGUGGCGUCAACGUCUGGCACCGGGGACGCGUGGACCCUCUGGGAACUUCACGCAGCUCCUCAUUGAAAGCCAAAGGGGACGGGUGGUGCCCUUUAGAAAUGACAAGCGUGAAUGAUAACCGGCUGUUAACAAGAUCAUGGCCAGCCCUUUGGAGAGUAUCUGCUAGGAGGAGAAGCCACCAACAUGUCAAGGCCAGCUUCCGCUACCGCCAUCAAUAGUCAGCAGAUAUAUAACCUCUUGGUUUUCUUUGUUUUGCAAUGUAAUUGGCAUCAUUUCACUGUUUUGCUUUUGUUCUCUCCCUCCCUAGCUUCUUGUCGAUUUGAAUUGCCAAAAUAGCAUGUUUACCUGUGUUGGCUUCAAUAAAGGAGGGGGGAAUAAUGA